AUGGCUCAUGUUGAUGCAAUGAGUCGAGCUCCUGUUGAACUGCCAUGCGAAGUGGAUGAUGUGUCUGCAAAUAUAAUGAUGAUUGACAUUUCAAAUGAGGAUUUGAUUUUGACGAUGCAACAGCAAGAUGCAAAUUUACAACAGAUUAUUGAUAUUUUAAAAAGACGUAUCGAUUCAACACAGCGAGAGCAGCAUGAGAAAGAAUUCAUUUUAAAGGGAAAUUGGCUCUAUGGAAGACAUCAUGAUGGGAAAGAUUUACUGGUCAUACCGAAAGGAAUACGAUGGAGAAUUGUGAGACUUUGCCAUGAUGAUGCUAGUCAUCCAGGUGUGGAUGACACAAUAAAACAUAUUAAACAACAUUUUUGGUUUCCCCGAUGUCGAAAUUUUGUUAAGGAGUACAUCAAAUCCUGCGUUGAAUGUUGUUACAAUCGAAGUACGGCAAAGAAAGAAUGUCAACUAUAUGGUAUUGAGAUACCAAGGGUGCCGUUCGAGGUUCCUGUUGGUUUUAAAGGAACUGUAGUUGGUAUUCACACUGUAACUGAUUCUAAUCCUGUACGGCUGGAGUACGUAAAAACAGUUGAAAACUUUUAUGAAAUUUUAUUUGAUAAAAGUUUCACAGGUGGUAACGAUAUUUAUGGAUUGGCACCGGGACAUGUAUCUAAAGUUCCUGAAUCUUCUCUGCUUUUAAUUAUUCCAGAUAAUUGUAAAAUAAGAGGCCAAGCAGAACAAAACUUACAACCGUUCGAUAAUGAAAAUUGUGUUGCAUUUAGAGAUACUUCAAAAAAUAUCGAUGCCAAAUCAAUACAAAAAAAUAAAAAUUUCCAAAAAAAAUCUAGUAACUAUUUUUGGACUCCAAUACAUUCGUUACCAGCGAAUAGCAACGAGUUUUGGACUCCAACGCAAACAGAUAUUGUUCAUGAAGUCACCAAAAACAACCAAUCCUCAAAAGCAAGUGCAGGUACAGAUUUAAAUUUUGGUAUACGAUUCCCUGAAAAUACGAGUUUAGGGCACUUUACGCAUUCUUAUCAGCCAUCUACUCAAGAAUCAACACAAUUUAAAAUAAUGAAAAAAACUAUACAAAAAACUCCAAACGUUGAGAUUGAUUAUAAUUCAAAAACAAAUGCUUUGAAGUUUUUACUUGGGAUUCACAUGGAUAAAACUUUUGAAAAUUGUGAAAAAUUUAAGCAACUACCACAACCUCCAAGAUGUUGGAAGGAUUCGCUUAACAUUACCACUUACCCUAAAUCCUCAGAAAUAUGUUUUAAUAGUCAGCACGUUGAAAGCCGAAAUGUAAGAUGCAGCUCCCUUUGUAACGCACAAAUAUUUUCACAAGUGUCAAAUACUGCGGUCUUACCAUAUGUGCAGAAGUAUAGUUGUAACAAUACUCACGAGAAUUCAAUUAAAGUAAAACAACAUAAUACAAAUAUUCCAGUUCAAACAAUGCAUGUUACAUAUACUCUUGAUAAAAAUACAGACAAGAUAAACUCGUCAAAUAUUUCGGGUGAAAAAAACCUAAUAAAACUAAAAAAAACGGAGAAACCAUACCGAACACCUAAAAUCGCAGCAAAAUUUGAUAAUACAUAUUCAUCAAACUUAAAAGAUUACGAGUAAAAUAUAAUUACAUAAAUAUAUUACAAAAUAUUUAAUUGAAAUGUUUCAACAUGCUAUUAGGUCAUUAGUGUACGUGAUGUACACUAUAUACAUAUUCAAAAACUAAAAAUAUAUUUAGUUUUCAUUUAUUUUUGUUGUGGACAUUACUAUAAGUAUACCAACGACCUAAUAGCCCAUUAAAAAUCAUUUUAAUA